CAUUUUACAAAUAUAAGAAUUUAACGAAUUUCUUGCAACUUAUUGGAGAAUACGAUAAUUAAUAUUCGAAUAAUUUAAAAUCGUUUGAAAAAUUGAAUAUCGAAUAAUAGUGCCGAUUCUAUAGAAUACGAUUACCGAGAGAUAAAGUAUGAAAUCAAAGAUGUCGAAGACACAGAAAAAUACACAUGCUUUAAUAGACUAUGAAGAAGCUCAACCAUGUUACAGAUGGUGCAAUCCCUUUUCCUGGUAUCCAUUUUAUCCUUUAUCCAGUACCAUGCUUUUCUACUCUUUCCAGCUCAACUGCAUGUGUCAGACUAUAGUCCACUCAUCUAAUACCAAUCGCUCCAUAGAACCUACAAUCGUGACUUCAAUGCAAUAUUUUCAGUCAGUAAACAGCAGAGCGAUAUCUCACAUUUAUUCUUUCGCCGGUUAUUCAAUAAAUUCCGGUUUAAACCAAUAUCCAUGUAUCUACCCGCGAUAUCCGUACUGCGGUUAUGUAGUUACGGUCAAUGGUACCAUUAGUGUCCAACUUCAACAUUAUAUUCGAGUGGAUAUCACCGUGGACAAAGCGAUUCGCCUAGUAAAUUUUCCGGGAAAAUGCGUGGCUGCUAUGAACUAUUUUGAUAGCUGCAUCAUUCAUCCAAUUAGUAAAAUCUUACAAGAACAAACAACAGUCAAUAUGGAAAUCGGUAAUCGCUUAGCAAAGUUUUCGAAUCGUGGAAUUACGUUUACAUCGCUAGGACACAGUCUUGUAUAUUUAGUAGAUACUUCGGGUACAAAAUCCACAUUCGAAUAUUUUCGGAAUUUGAACUAUGAUUUUUCUCUCGAUGUAUUUUACACAAAAUCCAUUCAUGGUGAAGCUGUUAUGAAUGAUUGCUUUCUCAAAAUCGCAAAUUCCGUUCAUCGAUGUAAUAGAAAUGGCGAUCAGAUGUGGAUCAUUGCUGGAAUUUGUAUACAACAGAAUUUGCUGGGAGAUGUUUGCAUAACGCAUGAUUUUGGAAGAAGAAUCAUGCGUACUUCACCUACGUUCGGUACCAUAUCAGUGUCAACACCUUAUAUUUACAUGGCGGCCGGAUGUGAUCCCGAGAAAUACGUCUUCGUGCAGAGAGGACAGCAGAGAUUAAGUUCUAACUUACGAUCUUUUACAGUGAGAAAUGGAACACAGAAAGCUGGAUUUGAUAGCAGAGGAAGAUUGGUUCUCAGUUGAUUGAGAUUAUUUACUCUCGACUUACGAAUUUAUAUAACAUGUUCUAUUAUUUAAAAAUAGUUAAGAAUAAAUUUGUAACGAUUAAAAAAUUAAAGAGAAAUACAACUAAAA